AUGCCACUGCCCGGCGUGGAUGCGGACGAUCGGGCGCGCCGUUUCGACCCGCACCUCCUGCGGCGUCAGCAGGACGCCGCGCUUUUCGUUGCUCAGCGACUCGCCGAGGAGGGGGCUGCCCUGGUAGCGCUGCCGCACCGCCUCGGGCGGGCCAAGCCCAAGGCACUCGAUCAGGCCCCAGCUGUAGAGUCGCCCCUCCUCCGACAGCGCGAUGGUGAAGAAGCUCCCGCAGCUGACCUGCACCACGCGCUUUCCCUCCAGCGACUCCACCAGCUUCGGCUCGUCGAUCUUCUUGAAAUUGGCGUCGAAGUACUGCGGCCCAAGCCCGCUCUGCCCGUGGUUGUUGUUCCCCCAAAAGUAAACCCGGUAGUCCUCGACCACCGCUAUGGCAAAGGCGUAGCCGGCGGAGAUGUGCACCACGCGGUGGCGCUCAAAGAGAGGGAUCCGCCGCGGCACAAGCACGACGGCAGACCUAUCGCAGGGGUGCGUCUCCAAGUUCUUUGA